CUUUUGCACCCAAGAAACAAUGACACACGUUCGUCGCUAUAGUUGAAGUCGAUCCUCUUGGCAUCCCUCGAACAAGGAACGGUGAGAACCAGGCCGUUUGACAACUGAUCGGGCGUUCCGCAGGCUGAACAAUGCCGUCCUUCGAAUGAGGUUCCGGGACCUUUGAGGAUCGAUCGACAAAAGUCUCCCGGCGACGGUCUGACCUUGCGCCACGGGAUGGUUCGCACUGCCUCCACCAAUCGUGUGAGCGACAGAAGAUCCCUGGAUGACUACUAGAUCCAUGUCAAGACGGGCGGCCUUGGUUCGUUUCGAAUCGUAUCCCCACAAUAUCAUUGCCUGGCUGGGGCGGAUGACUUCAACCUGUGACUCGCCCAUCACCACCGUCCCCUCAAGACCAUGAACGAUGGAAAAGUGACCAUUUAGCCUUGCUAGGCACUCUUGCUAGCAAUCAGCCACACCUUACAGGCUUCUCUUUCCGGACAUGUGGUCUUGGUUCCUAUUAUAAGCCUGCCUAGCCCUUGCUGGGUCACGAUGACUUGACCAGUUUCCUUUUCUGCUAAACAUUUUUUAUACCACUCUUAUAGGAUACACACAGAGACUCCUCAUGGCAGCUGCUGACUAUUUCCAGUCUGGCGCAAGACCACCGUUCGAACAACAAAACGGCCUCUAUCCUCCGCCUGGGCCACGAAGAACGAGCUCCUCACAACCUGCAUUCGGGCGGGAUCCUCCACCACAGGGCCACCCGAGCCCACACACCCAACCACAACAUGCGCAAUACGCUCCUCCACCAUAUCAACCGCUGAACAAUGAACAAAAGGCUCAACAAUCCGUGCACUUUGCGCCCACGCCUUCUCCUGGUGAACGAUCCAGACCUUCCCCUCAACCUCAGCCUCAGCCUUACGCCAUGAACCAGCCGAAUUACCAAGUUCACCCGGCACAGCAUCUCUCUACAUAUCCACAGAACCCUUACGUACCGUUGGAGUAUCAGAAUCAACAGGCCUACUAUCCACCGUCGCCUUACCAACAUCCUCGUCCCAACCACUCGUAUACCGAUUUGCACGGUGGUGGAGGAUAUUCAUCCGACCCAGAACAUCACCAGCGGCACAAGCACAAGAGUCGACCGAGGCGGGUGUCGGACAAUUCGCGAUCCACCAACGCCGAUGCACUUCUGGGUGCGGCCGGCGGCGGUUUGAUUGGCGACCUUAUAUUCCCAGGUCUAGGGACAAUAGGAGGAGCCUUGGCCGGAUGGGUGGGUGGCAAGGAUUACGGCAAACAUCGAAAGUGGCGAGAAGAGAAGAGAGACCGAGAACAAGAAAAUUGGGAAAAGAAGUUCCGAAACCGUGACCGCGACCGGUCCAGAAGUCACAGUCAUGACAGACCUCGGAGGAAUCAUGAAUGAGGGGGCCGAGGACAAUGACAGAACUUUGAUGGGGGAGAUUUAACGAGCACUAGACUCUUUUUUUUGGGUUUUCUUACAGUACAGUUAUUAUGGUGGCGGCAUUCUGUUUUGUUUCCAUGUACGAUAGGAGGUUUUUUGUUGAUGUUCCUACGCAUACCCAUUUCGAGACACCUCUUGACCGGUUCAAGGAAUGCUCUCUUUGGAUUGUAAAUUAUUUUGACUCAUGUGUGCUAUGCGAUUCGAGCAUGAGAACGAUAAUGAGAAUGAGACAUGAUUUUCAAGCC